AUGACAAUCGAAACUACAGAUAUCUACCAGAUUCAUAAAAUCUUCAAAUUUAAAGAGGGGAGCUCCUUCGCUAAUGACUAUGUGUGUCUUGUCUUGAAAGUGAUACCUAAGUAACUAAUAGAUUUCUAUGGCGGCUAAUACCUAUUCUAAAUAUGGAAAAAUAAGGAGAGAUUAUUCUAGCAUGCUCAUCAAAGUUAAGUAUGUUAAUUUUAUGGAACCAAAACUGAGAUCGUUUACUUAACUGAAGGAGAGAGAUAGAAUAUCAUAAUAAUCAGACCUUACUUAAACUAACAGCUUGAGAUAGUUAAUCCUUUUUUCAAUUCAGAAGGAGUGAAACUAUUUGUAAACGAUGAAUACCUUAUUGUCUCUCAAGAAAAUAAACUGAUGGGAAUCAGCUUGGAAUAAAUCCUAGAAAUGAACAAUGUAGUCUACACAGAUCCUCUAGUGGAAUAUGAAAAUGAAUUUGAAAAUAUGUUGUCUCUAAACGAAUCAGGGUCAUCUAAUUCAAGUCUCCUAAGAGGUACUGCUUAGUACAAAUCAGGCAUGAAUAUAAAUCUAAAAUCCUUUCAGGAUUAAGAUUAAACUAGAAGCGAAGAUGAAAUUUAACGAACCAACUUUAUUUAAUUUAUGAGAGCUGAGAUUUAGCCUGACUUAACAAUCUUAGCAGUUGACUAUGAUCUAAGGCUGGGUCACAACAUCAUGGUUUAUGCUUCAAAUAAAAGCAAAGUUGAAAUAAUAAUAUAUGAGCUUAAGGUCUAAGAAGAAUAAAUCUAGGUUACUAAAAUCUGUGACCAUCUUAUUAAAUAAUUAGAAGAUCAGAAUGAUUCAAUAAUCAGUAUUCAAAUGAUUAGAAAAAAUAUGUCCUACUUUAUAUCAGGGUUCAUUACUAGGAAAGGAAAAGUGUUUUUCUUGAUGAACUUGGAACACAAGUACUCUCACAUUGAGGAAACAAUAACUAACAUUGAAAUGACUAAUGGUUAUCUACUCUCCAUUAUGAAGGAAAAAUUCACUCGACUUCAUGGACUUAGCUAAUGGUUGCAUUACAUCUCUUAAAAACGUCAAACCGUAGAAGUUUUUGAUAGACAGUAGUUAGAAUAUGACAAAAGAGAAAACUAUUUCGGCAGAUAGGAAAAUGAAAUCAUGUCAAUCAAUUUCAUGAAUAUCAAUCAUAAUCAAGUCUAUGAUAUUCUGGCUUAAUAUGAAGGAAAAUACAUGACUAAACUUAUUUUGUACGAGCUUUAGGCUAAAAUAAUACCUAUCAAAAGCCAAAUUUGCAAUAGCCUAUAUACAAUUGAUCACGUGAUGACCUAAUGUGACUAUCUCAAGUUCAGAGAAUAUGGUGGAUGCAAAAUGACUAUUAUGUUUUAGGGCUAGAAAAAUGACAAGCCUGAAAGAAGCAUAAUCUUUGGAUCUAAUGAAAAUUCAAGAAUCGUUGAAAUUGUUAAUGAUAUAGACUAUAGAUAUCGCUUAGUGAGUGUUCCAUCUGCCUCUGUAAAUAUGCUAUUCUUAGCAGAUACUAUCUCAAAGUCUUUGAUGGUAUUCAGUUUAAGUGAUGUUAAUCAGGUUCUUGAUUAAAAAGACCUUUGGGACUAUCUGACUCUUAAGGUAGAAAAUUUCGAUUACUUAUCUUGCAACUCUUAUUUCCUAGAUUCAGGAAAUCUGUAUUAUCUACAUGAGGGUAAUAUGGUUGAGAUCAAUUUAAAUUCAGGGAAGAAGUUCACAUUCGAUUUCAAGGGUAAUAUUAAAGCUUUGCUAGUGAUAGAAGGUAAAAGUGUUUACUUGAGAUGUCACGGAGAUUUCUUGUACUAUUUUGACUUAGAUUGGAUUUUCAACAAAGAAAUCGAAGAAAUUUAUGAAAACUCUGAUAGAAUGCUUAUAUCUGACCGUUAUGCUAAACUUGUAUGGUCUCCUAUUGUUGAUUGUGAAAGUUUAUUGAUUUAUAAAUUUGAGUUCGAUAUUUUAGCAAAUAAAAUAGCUACUUUUUCAUCACCUUGGACUAUCUAAAUUUUCAAUCCUAUGAAUUAAGCUAAGACAGAUUUGAUUGCAUCUCAUGAUUUUUGUCAUAGAUUCUUAACAUUCAAUGUUCACAAGAACUCUCCUUCUACUUAUUUAAAUACUGUAGUAGCUCUUGAUAAUUAGAGAAAUGAACUCAAAAUUUGGAGUAGUGGAACUGGUUUUUUAAAAGAUAGAGUUAGCAUUAAAAAUCAUGAUUACAAAGGUUUUUAAUUUUUAAACUAUUGGGGCAAUUAGUCUUUGAUUUUCAAGGUAAUUUUUAAUGGAUCUAAAGUUACUUUUUUGCUGAAGAAGAUUGAAAAUGAGAAAGUUGAAAAAAUAUAAGACCUGCAUAUAAAUUUAAAUGUGCCAGUCCCCUUAUUUUUUUCACCAGACUUCUCUACAUAUAUUGACUAUAAUGAUUAAUUGAAAGAAUUACAAUUAUAUCAGCUAAAAAGAAAUUCAGAAGAUGAGGGUUAUAGUACUCUUCAUAAAUAUUAAAGAGUUGAAAUUUCAAAUCAGAUUGAUAUAAAUGAUAUAAUGUUCUGUGGAAAGACUCAUGUUCCAUUCAUAAAUCUAGAGAGUAAUGAUAGGAUCACUUAUUUCACAAAGAUGAUGUCUAUUUAGAGUAUUCCACUUUUCUAGAUUGCAAAAGAUAAUAAGCACCUUAUAGAUGAAACUUUCAUCCAAGCAGAAUCAAUGGCUAUGUUCCAAAGAACUCUAAAUGCUCCAAGAGAUAUGGUUUUAGCUUCAUUAACAUCAGAAGAAACUAUUUAGUUAACCUAAGAUCUUAAAAAAAGAUUUUUUGUACACAAUGGUAAGUUUGCUGCAAUGAAUCAAAGCUUUGACACUUUCAUUUUGGGCAAUUUGAGAACAGUAUAAAGUUUUACAUUUUAUCACUGGAGAGUGAUUGAUCUACUUGAAAAUGAUUAACUAGAUAUUGAGCAUCUCAGCGUUGAAGUUAUCUAAGAGUUAUUGAAUGUUGUCCUACCAAAUGGUGAUACAAUGAUUCAUAUCCUUAUUAAAUCUAAUAUAGCCUAAUUUGAAAAGCUAUUGAAAGUCAUUGAAAAUGCCAGAGCUGAAGGAAAUACUGAAAUUAAACUACAUUUCAUGCCAAAUCUCUUAGGAAUUACUCCUCUUCAUCUGUGCAUAAAAAAUCAAUACUCAAAAGCUGCAGGGUCUAUACUAAUGGAAAUUGGAAAUAAUGCUCUUGAUGAUCAUGUCAAAUUUAUUAAGAAUACUUUUGCUGAUUUACUAGUUAUCUGUCCUUUAGCUCUUGGAGAUUAUCUUGAUAUGAGACUAAUAACUCCUCCUUGGGCUUUAACAUAUACGAAAGGUCAUUUAAUAAAGGUUAAUGGCAGUGAUUUCGCAGUUUUGCCUAGUAAUUUGAGACCUAUAGACGAGGAGGAACUCAAUCAAUAAUUAUUCUAGCAAGAUGAUGGUGAUGAAGACAAAGAUGUAAGAAUGCCUAUGAUAUUUCAAAUAGCAGAUUUACCAUGCUUCCAUCAUUUUAAUUGCGAGUAAAGCAUGCAAUUCUUAAAAUAAUUAUCUCUUUCCCAUGAUGUGGAAACUCUUUUUGGAAGAAAAUACAUUUAAGCUAUGCUGGAGAUGAGAUUACCAUUGAUUAGAAGGGCUAUUGUCUUUAAAGUAUUUCUUCCCUAUCUGAUUUAUUUAAUCUUGUUCAGUGUUUACUCCUAAUUCUUGAUGUUUAACGAUGAUAUGACAAGUUUUGUUUUCUCAAAUAUUAUUGAAUUCAUGAUGAUAGUAAAGACAAUAUUUUUCCUUCUAAAUACAAAGAAGCAGUUUAACAACCUAGAGCAAAACAUCUAUACUUGCAAGAUGUGGAAUUACUUUGACAUAUUCCCAAAAUUCCUAGUAAUUAUAUCUAUUAUUCUAAAGUUUUUUGAUGAUGUUGGGGCACUCACUGUGUAAAGUGAGAUAAAUGUUUUAAAUUCUUUUGCUUCAUUCUCCCUCUGGAUUAACCUACUUUACUUUUGCAGAAUUUUCCGUAGAACAGGGCAUUUAAUUCAGAUGAUUAUAGAAGUAGUAAAGGAUAUGAAGUAUUUCCUUGGCAUAGUAUUCUUGACUCUAAUGUCAUUUAGUGGCGCCUUCUUUAUUUUGAGCAAGAACAAUGAUGACACAAAAGAAUUUAUCACAUCUUUUUUUGAAUCAAACGCUUUUGUGUACAGGUUAAUUCUUGGAGAUUUUGAUACCACUAAUUUUGGAGAAAAAUAUGUUGUCAUUGUAUGGAUGUUCUUUAUGCUAGCUACACUAUUUCUAAUUAUCAUUAUGUUGAACUUGCUUAUUGCGAUUAUAUCUGACACGUUUGAAAGAGUCCAAGGAUAGGCAAAGUAGCGAAUGUACAAGGAAUUCGCAUAAUUAAUUAUUGAAAAUAUUCACUUGCUUUCUGAGGAGGAAAAAACAGCUUAUGAUUAGAAAGGAUAAUACUUGUACAUCGCUUCCCUAGAGAUUGAUGAAAACAGUAGUUCUGAUAUCUGGGAGGGUAAGAUCUCGGAAAUCAAGAAACUAAUUUUGAAGAAAACAGAUUAAAUGACUGAGACUCUUGAAUGUAAUAUAAAACAUAAAAGCAAAAAUAUUGAUUAGAACAGUCAAAUGCUAAAGAAAAUUAACGCUAAUAUGGUCUCUCUUAAAAUCUAAAUGAAAAACAAUCUUGACUAAUAGAUAAAAUCCCUAUAAGAUAAGCACUAAUCUGAUGUGAGUUUAUUGAAGAAUUAACUUGAUAAAAUCACCUUAAUGAUGGAGGCUUAGGUUUAGGAAAAAAAGAAAAAAUCCUCAAAUAUAUUCAGCAGUAUGCUGCCUUCAUCUAGGUCUGAGAUUAAAAAGUUCUGA